GUGAAGUGUGUCCCCGGAAACAGAGCUGGAGUGCCCCACCUGCUUGGCCCUGCCUUCUCGGAUCGGAUUCAGCACGUCCAGGCUUCUCCUCCCCCCCAGGAACCAGUGGUGACAGCUGAGGCCAUGUGAGUCAGAUCCUGAAUGAGGCUUUAUCUCUGGCUGAUCAUCCCAUCAUCCACCGUGGCACCAGCUCCCUCAGCCAGCCGCGAUGGGACAAGCGACUGAGAGAGCCAGAGGCAGAGAGCUCAGGGCCUGGGUGAUGGUGACCAUAUCCUGGACUGUGAGAGGAAUGGGACUCCGGGCCUGUAACUGCCAAGCAGGGGGCAGGGGCUCCAGGCUGUGAUCUGGACCCUCUGACCCCUGACACUCACCUCCUGCCCUGACCCCUGCCUGACCAAGCCAUGUCUGAACAGGAGGCUCAAGCCCCAGGGGGCCAGGGGCUGCCCCCGGACAUGCUGGCAGAGCAGGUGGAGCUGUGGUGGUCCCAGCAGCCGAGACGCUCAGCGCUCUGCUUUGUCGUGGCCGUGGGCCUCGUGGCAGGCUGUGGGGCGGGCGGCGUGGCACUGCUGUCAACCACCAGCAGCCGCUCAGGCGAAUGGCGGCUAGCAACAGGCACUGUGCUUUGUCUGCUGGCUCUGCUGGUGCUGGUGAAACAGCUGAUGAGCUCGGCCGUGCAGGACAUGAACUGCAUCCGCCAGGCUCACCAUGUAGCCCUGCUGCGCAGUGGAGGAGGGGCCGAUGCCCUCGUGGUGCUGCUCAGUGGCCUCGUGCUGCUGGUCACCGGUCUGACGCUGGCCGGGCUGGCCGCUGCCCCUGCCCCUGCUCGGCCGCUGGCCGCCAUGCUGUCUGUGGGCAUUGCUCUGGCUGCCUUGGGCUCGCUUUUGCUGCUAGGCCUGCUACUGUAUCAAGUGGGCGUGAGCGGACACUGCCCCUCCAUCUGUACGGCCACCUCCUCCACCCACAGUGGCCAUGGCAGCAUCUUCAGCAUCUCAGGACAGUUGUCUGCUGGCCGGCGUCACGAGACCACAUCCAGCAUCGCCAGCCUCAUCUGACGGAGCCAGAGCCCUUCUUCCCAUACCUGCCUCAGCGUCCCCAGAGCCGAGCCAGGGCGUGGAUGCAUGUGGACACUGAGUAUGUGCGAGUGCGUGUAUGCCCCCAGCGGGGUCAGCCCUUCUGUGGGUGUGUGGCGUGUGCUUAAGAGCACACGUGUUCCCACACAUCCAUAUCAUGGGAAGGUCAGUGCGUGCCUUCUGGGACCUGGGUGUUUGUGUCCGUGGAACUGCCUGUCUGUGUCUCAGGUCAGCAGGCCCAGAAACACCUCAUGCUGACGAUGCCUGAGCCCCAUUUCUAAAACUCCUCAAAUCCAAUCCUGUCCUUUAACAUCCAUCAGGGAUUUCCAUGGGGGUGACCGGUGCCCACCCAAGACCACACCCGUGGUGCGGUCUUUCUAACUGCUGGCCAGGCAGAAAGAAUAUGGGCUGUGGAGUAAGACAGACCUGGAGGGACUCCUCCACUGUGCUAGCAGGUGGGGGAGUUGGGCGAGUGAUUUCACCUCCCCAGCCUCUGUUCCUGGAGGUUCGUGGCUGUCGUGGUUGUGGUCAUUGAUUGUGAGGUGGAAGUGUCAUUGUGUAUCGAAGGCGGGGCUUGUGGCAGAGAUGCAAUAAAAUGGCCGCUGCCGUUGUCACUG